AUGGCAAUAAAAACCAUACCCAAUGGUUAUCCAUGGAGACCCUACGCAAAAUAUGUGGGUUUCCCCAAUUUUUCUAUCCAUCAGGAUGAACUGAUGUUCAUGAAGUGCAUUGCAUGUGCCUUGUUGGUAGUAUACUUGGGGUUGUCAUAUGGCAUGUAUGUUCCAGAUUGGAAAUUUGAGUUACUGAGAUCAAUUUCUAUGCUUCCCACAAAUGGAAGCUUUGUUUACACUGUGACAUGUUCCACAAGAGGAGAUCAUGGACCUGCCUGUAAUGCUGCUACAAUGAUAGAUCGUUGUGUUCUUGGUCUUAAUCAUCUAUAUACAAAACCUGUUUGUAGAAACUUGAAGGAAUGCAAUAUUUCCAUCAUUGGCCAAAUUUCAGAUAGUUCACCGUCAUGGUGUCAUACUCCUUUUGAUCUUGAAGGUAUAUUAAGUUCCUUGACAGCUGCUGUGACGUGCAUAAUUGGACUUCAGUAUGGCCACAUUCUUGGACAAUUACAGGGGGAUCCCUUCAAAGGACAAUUUACAGGAGAUGGUAUCCCAUGACUCGUAGAUCGCCGUUUUGAUUGGUUUUUGAUGACGUUUGGAAGCGUACUUGCAAAUCAAGAUCAAGUGUUGAAUUUUUUUUUUUCCUGAACUGAUACUUAGUUAGUUGCAAACUAAGAUUGAGUGUUGAUUUUUUUUGUAGACUCCACGUUAGUUUAUUUUGGGAUUUGCUUUGAUGGUUUUUUUGUUAUACUUAAUGGAUUAUUAUUAAAGUUGUUUGAUGGAUA